AUGCUGUAUGUGUCGAAAUUACCCGUAGGGACCUCUAGUGGUGCUAUGCAUGCACUUUUUUCGUCCUACGGUAAAGUAAAAGAUGUAUGGAUGCUGUCGCCAGAUAAUUCGGCCAUUGUAAGCUAUGAGUCCUUGGGGUCAGCAAUAAUUGCUAGGGAUGCUUUACAUAAUCGCGCUGUUUUUGAGAAUCAUGGUCCUAUUCAAGUUAUCCUUGCUAGGCCAACGUCUAGCUUUGAGAACAGCAGUCCUGCUUCUUCGACAGUCUCUUUUGCUCAACCCAAAGAGCCAGUGCUCCGGUCGCAUUCCACUGCAGCCGCUAACUUUCUUUUAAAAAAUCGUCUUGAUUUAUUAGAAAUUGCCAAGCAAUUUGAAAUGAAAAUUAAUUUAGAGACGGUUGAAUCAAUGAUUGCCAGCGCCAUUGAAAAAAGUCAGGUUGCUACGGAAAUUCGUCCUUCUCUUGAAACUUUACGGUCGAGACAAUUCGAGGCGUCAAAACUUCGUGAAAUCCGAAAGAAUAUCGACAGUGGGUUUUAUACACAAGAGGAAAUUGAAGUUAUUGCUACUAGCAUGCUAGACGAUGUAGCUGAACUAUCAAGUGAUUAUCUUGGUAACACAGUUAUACAAAAAUUUUUCGAAUACUGUUCUGAUCCUGUCAAGGAGGCUAUGCUUGAGCGUAUCGCUCCAUACCUUGCUGCCAUAGGUAUUCACAAGAACGGCACAUGGGCUGCGCAAAAGAUCAUUGAUGUCGCAUCUACCGAUUUUCAAAUGGAGCUGAUCGUUGCACAUCUUCGCCCUUAUGCUGCAUUACUAUAUUUCGAUCAAUUUGGCAAUUAUGUGGCACAAUGCUGCUUGCAUUUCAGAUACCCUAAUAACUGCUUUCUUUUCGAAACCAUGGCCAGGCAUUGUUGCGAAAUUGGGCAAAGCCGCUUUGGUGCUAGAGCUAUUCGUGCUUGUUUGGAGAAUGAGCAUGCUACUUUUGAGCAGCAAGCUCUUGUUGUUGCUGCUAUCAUUAUCAACUCUCACUUACUUGCCAUUAAUACCAAUGGCAUGCUUCUCCUAACUUGGCUUUUAGACAACUCUUUCUUUAAGAAUAGACAUCGUCUUUUAGCCAUUCACCUUGCAGCUCAUUUACAUACAACGUGCACUCACAAACUUGCUUCUACCCUCAUUUUCAAGUUAAUCAACAACAAGCAGGAACCCGAGUCUCGGAAUCUCUUGCUCAAGAAUAUCUUUUUCUCUGAAAAUGAUAGCGUCCUUACAUAUAUAUUGCAAGAUCAGGCAGUGGGUCCCUCUUUUGUUCACAAAGUCAUUACUUAUCCAUCAAUCGGCCAUGAAUACUUGACUCAAUUUCAUAUGGUGAUCAAGCGCGUUCUUAAUAAUUUGCAUGUGCAACCUACCCCUCUUUACUACAGAUUGAUGGAAGAAGUUGGAAUGACAAGCAAAAGUUUAUCGCCUGCUUUGAGUGGUAUUUCUAUGACUGCACCUUCGUUGGAUAGUGCUUCUUCAAGAUUGACUCGGGAUUUUGGCUCGCUUACUUUAUCUCCCUCAAAUGGUCUUUUGAAUGGCGUUCCUCCUUCUAUUGAUGCAACACCUGCUUACUCAGCUUAUCAACCCGCUGCUGCCCCAACAGCGGGACUUGGUAAUAGCAAUGGUGCAGCAAGCCGUAAGUCCAACUUGCUUCUUCAAACCCCUCGUAAUGAGAACGCAAAGUCUGGUUCAUCCGGUUUAGACACGUCCUCUUUAGUGAACCCUACUUUGGCGAAGUCUGCGAGUCUUAGCGGUGGUUCCUUGUUGAACCCUGUUUCCCCUCUGCUGCGCCGUGAGGCUCCUACCGGAAAGCUUACAAUGCCUGCUUAUCCAUAUGCUUCUCAAAUCAUGAAUCCUGCUAUUGGUACUGAUUAUGGAUUACCCAGAGUUUCAGCAAAGCUCCCGAAAGUUUUUCCGGGAACAUACCCUCGCCUCCAGCAGUCAUUAUUGCCUAGACAAGGUGAGCUUCGUUUUAAUUAG